AUGGAGCUCGACUCGAGUCUGCGCGCCCCGUCGCCCUCGACGGCCAUGUGCUAUGCCGCAGCUGAAGGCGACUUGAAAGCCGUACGCCGACUGCGCGAGGAACAUGGCGCGGACGUCAAUGCCGUCGACGCGAACAGGCGGACGCCACUGCAUAUCGCCGUGUGCAACGAGCACGUGGAGAUGACGAGCUAUUUGCUGCAAUGCGGGGCCAAUGCUGAAGUGCUGGAUCGACGGGGCCGCUCUGCUAUCGACUGCGCAGUGGAGACACGAAAUGUAGCCAUCUUGCGGCUCCUGGAACGCGCCCACCAUGGCAAAGUUCCCGUGUUUGCCACGCCAUUUGGGUCCUCCGACGAGAGACGCGAGAUCAGACGAUGUCCAUCGAGAUCCGAUGUUGAGGGGUUCUUUCAAGCUGUUCAGCAAGGCAAUACGGAUCAAGUCAAGCGCUCGUGGCUCAGCGGCAUGGAAGUGAACGUGGCCGACGAUCGUGGACGCACGUCGCUGCAUGUAGCCGUUGAGAAUGGACAGCUCGGGGUCAUUGAGUUACUGCUGUCGGCCGGCGUGAACACGGACGUGGCGGAUGCGAGCGGACGGUUGCCAAUCACCAUUGCGCAAGAAAAGCAGCAGCUUGGCAUUUUGGACAUGCUGCACACGCAUCAGAAGAAACUUCUCAUGAGUCACCACGUGAAGAGCAGCGAAGAAGCGCGAAAUAUUGCACUUGCAUUUCGAGCUGCUAAACGAGGAGAGAUGGAGAACUUGCAGCGACUGGUGCCUGCGGUAGUGCGACCAGAUGUAGAGGAUUACGACAUGCGAACGUUGCUGCAUGUAGCGAGUGCUGAAGGACAAUUGCAGACUGCCAAGUACUUGGUCCAGUGCGGCGCAAACGUAAACUUACUUGACCGAUGGGGAUCUUCACCUUUGUCGGAGGCAGUUGAUUUCGCCCACAAUGAGCUGGCAAGGUUCCUUACUGCAAAUCGUGCCACAGCGUGUGGAUUUCGAGCGACAGUAGCUGUCGACCACAUUGACACUGCGACGCUGGAUGAAGCACUAGAGUUUACGCUUCGAGUCAUUACCCGGGACCCGUGGCUGAUUGGACAAGUGCGUUGCCCGGUGAUGGACGACGACAAUAGUUGCCUCUUGCUGAUGCACAGUAUCUGGCAGAAAAACAGCUCUGCGACGCAACAACAGCGCGAAAUGAGGUCCGCUUUGUCUCCUAGAUCGCUGAAAGACCGUCCUGUUGACACCGCAGCACUGUGGGCUAGUGCCAUUCAAAGGUAUCGGAAGGUGUCUUCUGCGGUGAUGAUUGAUCCCGGCCAAGGACACAUUGGAAACGUGUACUGCAGCCAACAGCCAGCUUGGCUUGAGACGCACAAAGCGCAGCAGUCAGGCUUCUUCCUCCUGCCGCAUGCUCGACAAGCGGGGUUCCAAACAAUCGUCUCUGUCCCGAUGAUUUGCAAGAUGUCAACGAUUGCAGUGAUAUCGUGGUAUUCUGACCGCAGUAUCUCCGAAGACCAGCAUGAGUUGCAGCGAAUUCAGCGGGUCGUUCGGUCGGUGAUGAUCCUGUCUACGCUCCGACAGGAACUGCAGACUGCAGACUCUUUUACAGUUGGUGUAGGGCGUAUCUCCCAAUUUCAGUAUUGUCAGAUGCUGGAUAAUGCCAUUACCGCAAACGGGGAGCUUACCGACUCGUCCAUAUUGCGUGAGGAUCUGGACGUUUGUGACACCAUGCCACUUGCACUAGAAUGGGGCUUGUUUGACACGGUGGACAAGCUGGCAACCUCGAUGAGCAGUGAAGACCACACAGCGGUCAUCUCGAUUUUACGAUCGCUAGUGAUGUUGCUUUGCAACGGGCUCUUUGAUGAUGUCUUUUGCUUACCCGGACCUGGUGACCGGCUCGAGCUGCUUGACGAGGCAUCGCUCAAGCGCUUGGUGGAGGAGUGCGACGGCAAGAUUCGAACCAAGUGGGCCCUGCUUGGACACGUGAAGUACUAUCUGCAGUAUUUGUACGCCGUGAGUCCUACGGAGGCUGAGCUGUUCGGCGAUGUGUAUGAACUCUUUAACAAGGUGGAGCAGUAUUCAAACAAACAAGCUCCGAGUGAUGAAAAGACAAAAAGCGUCGCCAUGCAUUCGAUCGAAAUUGACGAUGCGGAGAUUGAUGUUGGCCCGGACACAUCACUUCCUGCCGAGUCUGCACAGCUCGCUGUAUCCGAGUGUGUCUUGUGCAAGUUCAACGUUUCGGGACACAUUCAUCCGGGUCAGGAACAGAACACCGCGAUACCUGUUUCGGUUGAAAAGACUUCGUUGCAGGCGAAAUCAUCGCAGUCUCCACAUGGCAAAGCUUUGUUCGGUCACCCAGAAAAUCCGAAGUCUCCCGUGUAUCGGCAGAUUGAACAGUUACAAGAGAAACUUCAGGACCAGUACGAUGCGUUUAAGCGAAAAGCAGAACUUGCUGGAUGUUGCGAAGGAGCAGAAUGCGUCACGUUUACGUCCAGUGACUUGUACGACGCAAUUGGUUCGGCACAUGAAACUCCAGGAAUGUGUAGGAACGCGUCAGCCGACAACCCCCGGAAACCGAUCUUGGACGUCAUCAGUGAAGUUAUGCACGAUACAUCAUGUGUCAUUACGCGCGACCAGCUGUUUGCAUUGCACCGGUGCCUUCUUCCAGCUACAAGCGGACAAGCUGGCGUGAUUCGAACCGAUGCGGCCGUCGGAUACGCCUCGCCUCGGAUUUAUCGAGUGUUUCUCCCAGCAGGGGAGAUCGACACAGCGCUGGACAACUUCAUCUCGGCGCUUAACGAUGCUGGUCGUUGGGAGCGCCGCCCUUUGCUGCGCGCCUACUACGCGUUUGCAGUGCUCGUGUUCUACAUUCACCCGUUCCACGAUGGCAACGGCCGCUGUGCUCGCUUGUUGGGCAACUUGGUGUGCAAGAAGCUCGGAUUUCCUACGUUGCUACGUGCGGCAGACAAAACGAUCGAAUUGGCGGAAGUUAUGCAAAAAGCCAUUGUGACGACGGAGAUCGUCCGCAACACCCGCCGACAAAAUCGUCAGACACGUGUGCUUUCUACACGCAGAGAAAAUACCUCCAUGUGGUUUUGA